AUUCCCAAGGGCAUUAUGGUAAUCUCACUUCUUUCUUCCCUAAAACGCUGAACAUAGAGAGAGAGAGAGAGAGAGAGAGAGAGAGAGAGAGAGAGAGUUGAAUUAUCUUCUCCGACGUUGGUAUUGCUCAUCAUCAGAUCAACAACUUCGUUUUCUACCGUUUCAUGUUUUAGGUUUUCCUUUUAAAAAGUGGAGCUCCAUUGUUUGACUAUUGCGGAAAAAGUGGGUAAUUUUAUGGGUUCCCAUACGUGAGAGGACUGAUGAGGAGGCGUGUUAUUGUGUUAAGCUGCCAAUUGCUUCGCAUGAUGAUGUUGUGACUCUAUGACAAAAAAGCCACCCUCUUUUGGAUUUUUAUCUACUUGUUUUGGGGCUUUGGGUUAGGUGAAAAAAGGUGAUUUUUUUAUGUUUAAAACAAGUACUUGGCCAAGCCUUGAGAACGUGGGUUGUUGUUGGAUUAGACUCACAGCCGAAAUAAGUUCACAAAGCUCCAAUUUCUCUGUUGACUUACGAGGCCAACAUGGGUUCUCACGGAAUGCUUGCUACAAGGGCUGUACAGACCGAGAUGCCGGUAAUGGUUCAGAUUCAAGAAUUGGUCCGAGGAGUCAAAAACUCUAUGUCCUUGGCUCAGGGAGUUGUUCACUGGCAACCACCUACAGAGGCACUGCACAAGGUUAAAGAGCUACUCUGGGAGCCUGCAAUUAGCAAGUACGGUGCUGAUGAAGGAGUUCCUGAACUCAGGGAAGCACUGACUGAAAAGUUGCGGAAAGAGAAUAAGUUAUACAAAUCAUCUGUGAUGGUUACUGCUGGUGCGAAUCAGGCAUUUGUGAACCUGGUUCUUACAUUAUGUGAUGCUGGGGAUUGUGUAGUUAUGUUUGCACCAUACUACUUCAAUGCUUACAUGUCGUUUCAGAUGACCGGUGUCACCAAUAUACUGGUCGGUCCCGGUGACCCAAAGACACUUCAUCCAGAUGCAGACUGGUUAGAGAAAACUUUGGCGGAAACUAAACCAGUGCCAAAGCUUGUUACAGUUGUGAAUCCUGGGAAUCCCUCAGGAACAUAUAUACCUGAUCCUCUUCUCAAGAGGAUUGCAGACGUCUGUAAAAGAGCCGGAUGUUGGCUUGUUGUGGAUAACACAUACGAGUAUUUUAUGUAUGAUGAUUUAAAACACACAUGUGUAGAGGGAGAUCACAUAGUCAACAUUUUUUCAUUCUCGAAGGCUUAUGGAAUGAUGGGUUGGAGAGUUGGAUAUAUAGCAUACCCAACAGAUGUAGAAGGCUUUACAGCUCAGCUCCUAAAAGUUCAAGACAACAUUCCCAUUUGUGCUUCUAUAUUUUCACAGUACCUUGCUCUCUACUCACUCGAAAUGGGACCUGAAUGGGUAACCGAACGAGUGAAAUCCCUUGUCAAGAACAGAGAAAUAUUAAUGGAAGCCCUUUCUCCCCUAGGACAAGAUGCUGUCAAAGGAGGUGAAGGUGCAAUAUACUUGUGGGCAAAGCUUCCAGAAGCUUAUGUCAACGACUUCGAUGUGGUUCGCUGGCUUGCUCACCGCCACGGUGUGGUGGCCAUUCCUGGAAGUGCAUGUGGAUGCUCCGGUAGCUUAAGGAUAUCUUUUGGAGGCUUAGUGGAAGAUGACUGCAGAGUGGCGGCCGAGAGACUUCGCAAAGGGUUGGAAGAAUUGAUCAGAGACGGAAUGGUGCAGUAAAAGUAGUAGCAACUGUAUGUUAAAGUGUUUAUACUUGGAAAAAGUUAUAACAAGUCCAUUUUACCAGUUUGCAAACUGGGGUUCUUAUGAAUAAAUGGCUGAUGUCUGAUGAUGAUGAUGGCCUCCUCUCAAUUUAAAAAUAGUUUUUUUUUUUUUUUCUUUCAUAAAGGCACUUCUAGUGUAUGCAACAUGUAUUUAUGUUUGUGUACAACAUUAAUCUUAAUUUAAAUGCAUGCAAUGCAAUUUAGUACA